AUGUCUUUGGCCGGCCAAAUCGCGAUCGUUACUGGGGCCUCACGAGGAAUUGGUCGAGGUGUUGCAUUGCAGCUUGGUGGAGCCGGUGCCACAGUCUAUGUAACAGGGAGGCAACCUGCCCAGAGCGAUGCAGCUGCGAUGGAUCAACUUCCCAGACUGGAAGAGGUUGCUCAAGAAAUAACUUCCCGAGGUGGAAAAGGAAUUGCUGCCUACGUUGACCACUCAAACAUGGACGAAGUCAAGGCCUUCUUUGAGAAAGUGGAACGAGACCACAACGGACAACUGGACAUACUUGUCAAUAAUGCCUACUCUGCAGUGCAGGUAAGUCAGAUAGGGCUUAGAAAAAAAUCUCAUCCGUGCCAUUCCUUUAGUAUUAUUGACUCGACAGGAAAGCCAUUCUACGAGUGUCCACCAGAGAUGUGGGAUGAAAUAAAUAACGUGGGACUUAGGCUCAUUGAUGGGCAGAUGUCCGACAAGGGAAAACGUGAAGAAUAUUAG